GGAAAUAAUAAAUCUGUGCUGCUACUAGCUAACAAUUCACAGCUGUUGCCAGUGAUUGCAACGGCCGUAACAGACGCGCGGUAUCCGCCUACAGGAUAACGGAGGUGCCGCUGGAGUUUAAACACUUUUACGGAGAAAGUUUAUACUGAACGAUUCCUUCUUGUGGCUUUUUUGGGGACGUCAUCCGACGAUCAUGUCUUUGUCCAAAUAGCUGUGUUGGAGGUCGAGGAUGGCCGCAGACGUGGAUAAAAUAAUCCCCGAGGAUGAGAGCAACGUUUCACAGCGCAACGGGCAUCUGAGUCCAAGCUCCGGGUCCUGGAUCUUCAGGGGGAUCUGGACGCUGCUGAUACUCGCCGCUGUCCCUCUUCUCGCCUUUGGGAUCAAGUAUUAUCAGGAUGCCCAGCUUCUCCAGCGUCAUGAAGAGAGUGUUCGAACCCUGGGUGCAGAGGGUCUUUUUCUCUUCUCCUCCUUGGAUACCAACCAUGACCUGUAUCUCAGUCCGGAGGAGUUUAAACCCAUUGUUGAGAAACUCACAGGAAUUACACCCCCAGUGGAUUUUGAGGAGGAAGUGACCCAUGACCCCAAUGGAGAGACUUUAACCGUGGAAGCUAAAAUGCAGCCUCUGCUGCUCGAUUCUAUGACAAAGAGCAAAGAUGGUUUCCUCGGGGUGUCUCACAGCUCAAUGAGUGGGCUGCGUUCAUGGAAGAGCCCAGCAGUGCCUUUUUCCUCUUUCUCUGCCAGCCAGUUUAGGGCCUUCUUGCCCCCAAAGAACAAGGGGGAAGUGGGCGACACGUGGUGGGUGAUUCCUAGCGAGCUCAAUAUCUUCACCGGGUACCUGCCCAACAAUCGUUACCACUCUCCCUCACCAAAGGGCAAAGAGGUUCUCAUCCACUCCUUGUUGAGUAUGUUCCACCCACGGCCCUUCAUCAAGUCACGUUUUGCACCUCAGGGCACAGUCGUCUGCAUUCGUGCCAGCAGCGACUUUUAUUAUGACAUUGUGUUCAGGAUUCAUGCAGAAUUUCAGCUCAAUGAUGUUCCAGACUUUCCCUUCUGGUUCACCCCGGGAAAAUUCACCGGCAACGUUGUUCUCUCUAAAGAUGCAUCUCAUGUCCGCAGCUUUCACCUCCACGUCCCCAAUGACAGGUCCCUGAAUGUGGACAUGGAGUGGCUGUACGGGGCCAGUGAGAGCAGCAACAUGGAGGUGGACAUCGGAUAUCUGCCACAGUUGGAGCUGCAGUCCACGGGCCCGUCCACACCCUCCAUCAUCAUGGAUGAGGAGGGCAACAUCAUCGACAGUCGGGAUGGCAGCGGUGAGCCGAUCCAGUUCGUCUUUGAGGACAUCCACUGGACCUCAGAGAUAAGUCAGCAAGAAGCCACCCGGCGCUUAGAGGUCGCCCUCUACCCUUUCAAGAAGGUGUCCUACCUGCCUUUCUCAGAAGCCUUUGAGCGAGCUGAAGCGGAGAAUAAACUGGUGCAUUCCAUUCUGCUUUGGGGGGCAUUAGACGACCAGUCCUGCUGAGGUUCGGGGCGAACUCUCCGGGAGACAGUCCUGGAAAGUUCGCCCGUCCUGGCGCUGCUCAACCACAGCUUCAUCAGCAGCUGGUCUCUGGUCAGAGAGCUGGAGAACAUGCAGACUGAUGAGCAGAACCCUGUGUUGAGUGAAAAGGCCCGAUUACACCUGGAGAAGUACAACUUCCCUGUGGAGAUGAUGGUGGCACUGCCCAAUGGAACUAUUGUCCACCAUAUCAACGCCAACUUCUUCCUGGACCAGACGGCCAUGAAACCGGAGGAGGAAGCAACGUUCAGCUUCUCUGGUGGGUUUGAGGACCCCUCAACGUCCACUUAUAUCAGUUUCCUCAAGGAGGGGUUGGAAAAAGCCAAGGAGUACCUGGCACAGUAACAUGUGCUGGUGAUAGAGCCCGAGAGACUAAACGGGAGGAAACAAUCAUCAUUCCUCUGGGCAAUGACCCAAGAUACGGAAAAGCCUCCAACAAUUACGUAGAGAAGCUUUCUCAUCGGCGUUGGCAGCAGAAACCAUAUUUUUUGCCUUUUGCUGCUAUUUAUUUGGGCGUAUCGCCUGGUCAGAAAACCUAUCGAUACUGUCAACAUAGUAUAUUGUACAGGGAUAAAAAGCAGUAACAUAUUUAUGUUAACACAUUUAAAUCGUCUCUCUGUGCGUUAGCCGAUGCUUACAGUUCAUAUAAAUUAGAGACAGAGGCUCAUCUUAACACGCAUGUUUUUUCCUUUUCCAUCCCGGUGUUUCAUGUGCAACAUUCAAUGACUUGAGUGUGGUUUCCUGCUGCUGAGCGUACCCAGAGACGGGGGGCAGGUGCAGCUGUUGCCUCUAGCUGCGUUUCAGCAGUUUGUGAAGACGUCGCUCGAAAGCUCUCUUGGGGCCGGGCAACGCCUGAUGUUAUUGCUGAGGCUGCUGGAGGGAACGCCCCUCUGACUCGGGGGACAAAAGCAGCAGGAAAAACUAAACUGGGCUGCAGCACAUAACAUAAUUUUAUUCCUUUUUUAAUUUUUUAAACCAAGUGUUGAUUAUUGAGCAUUAUAUCAUAUUUUUUUUGAGGAAGAUGUAACUACACCAAAGAGCUUUGUUUUUAAUGUGUACAGAAGCUAAGCUGCAGCUAGAACAGCUGUCGAAGUUCAUAUUUAUAAAACUUAAUGAAACCAAAUGGUUAUAGUUGCGAUUCUUGAACUGAGAGGCACAUGAUACCGUGUUCUGCUGUAAGGAUCCAGUCAAAACAUUGCAUCUGCUCCUGUCUCUAGCUAGACAAGUGUAAACCCUUGAUGUUUAACAACAAAGUCUGGAUCUACCAUUUAGCUAUUUUUCCACAAUGUCUCAUUUUCACUUUUUCCAGUCAUGACAAACAAUGCUCCCUCUUCAGGUCCUAGUGUCCCUGAAAACAAAGAUUAACAAAUCAUUUAAAUAGUAAUAGUUAAGUAGUAAUAGCAUUGAGAGUAACAUUAAGUCUGCAUUUAACUUUGUGAAAGGUGAAACCUGACUGAUUUGAGCCUUUAGGGGGAAAACACUUGUUCUCUAUACCAGUGCCAUCUUUUACACCACAAAAGGUGAAAUAAUAUAAAUAAAAACAUUUUCUGUACAAACUGAA